AUGAAAAAUAAAUCAGAACAGACGCCUCUCAUGAUUGAAAUCAGCAAGUCUCGCCCUUCUAUAGAAGCAAUUUCAAUCCUAUUGAAAUGCGGAGCUAAUCCCAAUGAAGAUCAGUUUAGUCAGACUUGUUUGCACAAAAUAAUCAAGCAGAACUACAAAAAGUACAAAACAAUAGAACUUCUUUCCUUGUUGAUUGGUCAUAACGCCGCUGUCGACAAAAAAGAUAAAAAUGGUGACAAUCUCAUCUUCAUUGAGUUAAAACGGCAAAAUCUAAGGAUGAAAAUUUUGCGUUUUCUUAUAAACAUAAACAUAGAUAUGAGUGUAAAAGAUGCAUUAGGAAGAAAUGCACUGUGUUUAGCACUGCAAUUACCAAACGAUGUUCCCAAAAAAGAGAGAGUCGUUAGGGCCCUACUAACUUCAAAAAAGUUGAAUGUACUUUCGCGGGACAAAGAUGGACGUUCGGCUCUAGGUUUGGCGAUAUUAGAUCUAAAGUACCAUGAGAAAAUAUUGCAGCAAAUUGUUGACCAUGAAACUUGUGCAUACCCCCUUCAUGAAUGCAUUAAAGAAAACGUUGAUGAAAACAUAAAAAUUCAGGCUCUGGAACAUCUUAUGUUAACAGACCCAAGAAAAGGUAAUAUUCGUGCGGUUACCGACAAACUCCAAACAGUAUUAAUCACUGCUGCAAAGAGUUGCCCUGACAUGGACAAACUGUUCCACUUUUUGAUGACCAAAGAUAUUGAUAUUAAUGCAAGAGACAUAUAUAAAAAAACUGCACUUUACUACGCAAUCGAAUCAAACAACAUUGAGUUUACAAAACGAAGUGUUAUCAUUGAUCUGCUUUUAUCAAAACGCCCCUUUGUUCAUGACGAAGACGGAAUAAAAGAUUUUCAUUCACCUCUGUUGACUGCUCUGAAGUUCAUAAUAGAUAGGUCAUAUAUCGUGACUGAACCAGUGAUGCCUCCCAAUGAAAAAUCGUUACAAAAUCCAAAUCCAGAGGAUGUCUCUUUAAACUUAGAAGUUGUUAAACAAAUUCUUGACAUUGCAAAAACUGAUCUUAAAGCAUACGAAGCUGAUGAAAAGAAACGGACCUAUCUUCAUUUUUGUGCUAGUUCUAGGUUUUCUGAUGAUAAAACGCUUCCUAUUUGCAGACGCCUAGUUGAACUUGGUGUCGAUGUUGACAAAAAGGACGAAGAUAAUCUCACCUGCGUCGAUAUGGCUUUCAAAUACUCGGGAAAAAAUUAUCACACGCUUGUGUAUUUAAUAAGCAGUUGUAAUUUGGAAUGUUUGGAAAUAGAUAAGGCAAUGCAGUGUAUGGCAAAUAAAAAUUCAUUGAAUGUUGAGAUUCUUAAAUACAUGAAAGAAAACAUUUUGUCACAUAAAAAACCAAGAAAUAUUUUACACUAUCUUGCGUCAAUAGGAUAUGAACCUAAGUCCCAUAGUAAAUCCCAACGUGACGAGUUAUUCGAUGUUUUACAAAGCUGUUUCGCAGUAGACGAGGAAAAUGUAGAUUCAAAAAUUCCUUUACAUAUUGCAAUCGAAAAAAAGGCACACCCCUCGUGCGUAUUGAAUUUUUUGAGGAUAACAAAAUCAUUUAUUAAUAAACCUGAUGAAUAUGGCGAUACAGCUCUUCAUUUAGUUUUGAAAUCAGAGAGAGAAGACAGUGAUGUCUUGACUAUUGUUGAACAAAUGAUACAUUUCAAGGUUAAUGUUAAUAGCAAAAAUGAAAUGCAACGGACUCCCCUUAUGGUAGCAGUGACGUGCUUAAAGGAACGCACAAGUACAAUAAAAGCAAUUCUUGGGGAAAAGCCUGAUCUUCACUUAAAAGAUCGCGAAGGAUUUACAAUUCUUCAUCAUUGCAUCGAAGCAAUGAAAGACGAUUUUACAGCUUAUUCCCUCUUGUCCCUUUUCUUGGACAGCGGACUACCUGUACCUUUAUAUUCAAAGUCAGAGGCGGGACUUACACCACUGAACCUAGCAGCAACAAAUGUGUCGUACAGUCGGGUUUUGUGUAUACUGAGAUUAGUGAAUAACAAGAAAAACAUGGCUGACACAGUUGAUAAGAAAGGCCGAAGCCCAUUGUAUAAUGCAGCAGAUUCUUUAUCUGGAGUUCAUCCUCUGAGAGUACUAGAGAGACUAAUUCGAUCAUACAUAUUUUUAAGGCAAGAAGAUAAACCAUAUUUGAAAACAAACAAAGACGAUAAUGUAUUAGAAGUCUGUGAGAAAUCAAACUAUCGUUCUCUUGCUGAUCUUUUAGAGACUAAGAAAACAUGUGAAGGAACAAUUUAUAGUAUCAUUCAAAAAGCUUUGAUCGACGUAUCAGGAAGAUUGUUUGAAAAAAGUCUUGAUAAAUUCGAUGAUGAUUUCCUGAGGGAUAAUCCAUUGAUUCCGAAGAGAAUAGAAACCCUCAUUGCAGACUCUAUUCCAUAUUUGUCAAAAUGUAGACUUGAACAUUUGAAGGAUGAAGUACCAGAGGAGGAAUAUGGUAAUGAGUCUAGUGUCCUUGAUCUUGAAAAUGUAUAUGAUAUCAAAUAAAUACUAAUUUUAGUACAUAUGUAAUACAAAUGUAUACAUGUAGAACAUUCCGCAUGGUAUUAAUGAUAUAUUAUCAUGCAGUAUUUAAGCAUUGAUGUUUAAAAGUAUAUACAAUAUAUUUGUAUAUGUUUGUAUGCUAAAAAAUUUAGUAUUCUGAAUUUAAAUUAGAAUGCUGUCCUCUACGUUAAUUGCCAAUCAUACUUAUUUCCUUUUUUUGUCACUUUUGUAUUGUCACUCUCCAAUGCAUGGAAUGUAUGUAUUAUAUGUAUUAUUGUUCAAUUGAUUUUUUUCAACACUAUAAUUUAUGCAGUUCAGAGAAUGACGAAAUUGUCACCGCCAUUGUCAAGAGCGACAAUUAAGAUACGUUUCCCUUUUUUCAGGUUUAAACAAUCGUAAAUUAUAUUUUUAAAAUGAUUUUGAAAUAGUGAAAAUUUGAUUUGCGUAAACUUUAUAUACUGUUAUAGGCUUUGAUUCGAAGAAAAAACCUAAUAUACAGUAUAAUUCGCCUUCUAAAUGUAAAGCUUAUAUAGUUUUUUUUUCGAAAACCAACAAAACGGUGCUAUUUAAGAAAUAUAGAAUCAUUCUUUGAGCAUUAUUGGGUGAUAAUUUCGGUCGGUGUGUAAACAAAUCCAAUGAAGCCCGAAGGGCUAAAAGUUUAUGAUAGAUUUGAUAACGCCCGACUGAAAUUAUCACCUCAUAAUAUUCAAAGAAUGAUUCUUUAUUACUUAUAUUUAUUUGAUUUUAAGCCAUCGUACGAUUAAAUAUUUAAUAAAAAUAAACAAAUACCGCUGACGCCCCAAACUUUGCGUCAUUUAAAGUUAUGUGUUAUAAAGUACAAAAUCGAUACGUAGUGUUAUUAAAGGCAAAGACACUGGAAAAUGUAAAUAUAAUUAUAUAGUUAAUUGCAUGUAGCAUAAUGCUUAGCAUUUACAUUACAUAGCUGACCAAUGAUAUUACAAGCCGAUCAUUCCUUUGAAAGGAAUAAUUGUAGAGGUUGAUCCCACUGUUAAUGUUAGUCCAAUGUUAGAUUCCUUCAGGGUUUGAAAAAUGUUCAAAGUUGGUUCAAAAUAUAUAUUCGAAAUAAUAUUGGAACUAUGAUACUUUUGUAGUACCAAUAAUUUAUUAUUAUAGGCCAAAGGACUACAAUGGCAAAAAAAAUCACGGGAUGAAGUUUUAGCAUUCAAUCAAUUGAAAUAUAAAUGAAAGGUCUGGAGAUGACCGAAUGGCGUGGGUAUACCAUUCAGUCACCUUUAGGUUACAUUUCAGUAACCUUUCAGUCAUAUUUCAGUUGACUAAAUGGCAGAACUUCAUCCAAUACAAUUUCCUAUUUAAUUAGUAGGUAAGUCAAUUCAUGCAAAUAAUAAAAAAUGUCAAGGACUUAAUAGUCAUCCGAGUAUUAUAGAUAUGUAUAUAGCAUUAAAUAAAUUGUACAUACAGUUCUUUACUUAGUAGUUCUAGAGACUGGGGUUACAUGAUUGUCCAGUCGACAAUUUUUAAAAUAUUUGCAAAUUGUUAUUACUUGUAAAAUAACUGUUUGGUAUAAAUACAUUAAUUUGAACGUAACGUUGAGCCUAAGACAGAACUUCUGUCUUAUUGAUAAUUUUGUUUAUUUGACUGAACUAUUUUAUAUCCCCCUCCAAAAAAAUGGGGGGGGGGGGGAACAAAUACUUCUUCAAUUCAAUUUUCUUUAUGUAAAUUUAGGUAAAAUAUAUGCUACGAAUUAUAAAAUGCUAAUAAAAUUUUACUGUGCAUAAAUAUUUUUUUCUGGUGAAACAUUCAUAGUGUCUUAAAUGUCGAGUGCUUUGUUAUCAAAAUAGACACAGCAAUCGAAAUAUUAUCAUUUAUAAACUUAUUGAUAAAUGUUUUAAAGAACAUUUCAUAUUCGAACGACGUCCAAUUAUAUUUGUAAAUGAGAAUAAUUGCGACUUAAAUCUUCAUGAAAUGGUGUAUACAUUUGAUAAUUCUACAAUGAAAAUGAUACAAUAAUAAUAUGAAGCACGGAACUUUCUUCCACAGCAUGGGUACAUGAUACAUCUUUUUACAAAAUAUUAAAUAUUAUGAACUUCCUGUAUUAACGUAUCUGUUUGACGUAUUUUUUAC